AUGAUGGGUUCGCCCUCUGUAACUCCGUUGUCGCCGCCACCGCAGCCAUCUCCGUCGUCUCUGGGGGAUGCACGGCAAGGGCCUCCGAACGGGUGGCCCGUGGUCGGUCCAAUUCUCGACCGAUUGAAUUAUUUUUGGUUUCAGGGUCCUCCAACUUUCUUCAAGAAGAGAAUGGAAAAGCACAAGAGUACAGUUUUCAGGACAAAUGUGCCUCCAACAUUCCCUUGGUUUUUGGGUGUUAAUCCUAAUGUAAUUGCAGUUCUUGAUGUCAAGUCUUUUUCUCAUCUCUUUGAUAUGGAGAUUGUUGAAAAGGCAAACGUACUCGUCGGAGAUUUCAUGCCCAGUGUUAAAUAUACAGGGGAUUUGCGUGUUUGUGCAUAUCUCGACACUUCAGAGGCUAAACAUACUCAAAUUAAGAACUUUUCUCUUGAUAUCUUGAAACGAAGCUCGACCAUUUGGGUACCGUCACUUGUAAGUGCACUAGACUCCAUGUGGGACAAAAUUGACGCAGAGGUUGCCAAAUCCGGCUCAGCCAGUACCUUCCUCCCCAUGCAGCAAUUCCUUUUUAACUUCCUCACUCGCUGCAUUGUUGGGGCAGACCCCUCGACCUCGCCUGAGAUUGCGAGCUCUGGCCAUAUUAUGCUCGACAAGUGGCUCGGUAUUCAGCUCCUGCCGACUAUCAACAUCGGCAUUCUACAACCUCUCGAAGAACUCUUCCUCCAUUCUUUCUCAUACCCUUUCUGGCUUGUUAAAGGAGACUACAACAAGCUGGUUCAGUUCGUGGUAAAAGAAGGCAAAGAAGUGAUACAAAGAGCUCAAACUGAAUUCAAUCUGACGGAACAAGAAGCAGUUCACAAUCUUCUUUUCAUCUUAGGAUUCAAUGCAUUUGGUGGGUUUACGAUAUUCUUUCUGGCGCUCCUGAGCGCGCUCGGGGAUCAGAAAAGUACUGGUCUACACGAAAAACUCCGGGAUGAGGUAAGACGAAAAUCUGGUUCCAAUUCAAGUACUCUCAGUUUCGAAAGAGUAAAGGAUAUGGAAUUAGUACAAUCAUUUGUAUACGAAACUCUUCGACUGAAUCCGCCAGUUCCAUCGCAAUUCGCACGAGCUAGAAAGGAUUUCAAGCUGACUUCGCACGAUGCUGUUUACGAAAUCAAGAAAGGAGAGCUUCUUUGUGGGUAUCAGCCCUUGGUAAUGAAAGAUGCCAAAGUAUUCGAAGAGAGUCCUGAGGCAUUUUUAUACGACAGAUUUACUAAAGAGAAAGGCGGGACAGAGUUGCUGAAUUAUCUGUACUGGUCGAACGGGCCACAAACUGGAUCGGCCACGGCAGCCAACAAGCAGUGCGCAGCUAAAGAAAUUGUGCCUUUAACUGCAGCGUUAUUUGUGGCUUAUGUGUUUCAGAGAUAUGAUGACAUUACAAUUUCUUCUGGUUCAAUCACUGCAGUUGAGAAGGCUAAGUGA